UCUUUUUGAUUCUAGUUUAGACGCCUACUUUCCAUUAGAGAAAAUUAUUCCAUAGCUAUUAAACUUCUUUAUCGAGCCAUGUAGUGUUGCAAGUCCAACGGCAGCUCAAGUCUUUGGCGCCAAAUAAUGCAAUUAAUCUUAUCGUUGAUUGUUUUGUGGGGGAGUGGAGGAGGAAAAAGUGACAUGGCUACUUCGGAAAUAAACAACCAUCAUCAGGAGGAACAACCGUUCAAGGAGCCGUCCUCGAGGGAAAGCAACGAUAAAUUUGACCAAGCAUAUGCCGAAAGUGUUGCCAAGGAAAUCAUAGAAAGCACAGUUGGAGAGGAAAAAUAUGAACACACCAAAACUGUGGAAUGGACGAAUCAAAUGUGCGAAAAAAUAUUGGCCAAGUUGUUGGAACUACAAAAGCCCUUCAAAUACAUAGUAUCUUGUUCUUUGUUGCAAAAGAAAGGCGCUGGAUUCCAUACUGCAACGACAUGUUACUGGGAUGCCGAUUGUGAUCAGUGUUGCACCAUAAAACACGAAACCAAACACCUUCAUGUGAUAUGCACGAUUUAUGCCGUAUCGAUUCAUUAGGAUCAUUCGAGGCUCUAUAUUUGAUAAAUACAGAUAUUGUUCCAAAACGCAGAUUUUGCAACCCGAAAUAAAUCUACAUUUGCAAGACUGAACGGAAUAGUGCAGUCUUCUGACCAUUUAAUUAGUGUUAAAGUUUUCCUCUUUAUUCUAUCAGUACUAUCCCAAUAGGACUGUCUAUGGUUUGAAUCACUUGCACUCGAACCCUAGAAUAUCCUUGGUUCUCGAAGCAAAAUGCUGCGUUUAUGCCUGUCACAAGAACAAACUAAGACUUUAUGUUCAGCAAAGACCAAGUUGUUUCAGUGCAACCGAAAGUGUUUGUCCCAAGUGAAAUGAGUGUGUUACGAGAGAACUAUGUUGGUUGGUUAAACUUUACUCGAAGAUAUUGGUCAGGGUCACAGUACCCUUGAAAGAGACCAAACAAGUGAAAGGAGAAGAACAAAGUACCGAUAUUGCUCUCAGUAUUCUUACAUUCGACGACAGUGUUCCAAUGCAGAAGAAAACCACUUCUUCCAAGUCUCUCAAAGAAAGUCUAGCUAGUUGUGCCUUUCAGAGGCUAUUGUGGUACUUCACACAGCAAAAGUCUAAAUCACAACAUUGUUGACCAACACUGAAGGCUACACUGUAGUUGUCAUAACUGCAACGUUGCGUCUUGUGCGGUGAAAAGCAAAGACGUCACAAUAUUCCAAAA